AUGAAGGUUCCGUUGGGAGAUAAGAUGUUAUCCUCCACAAGUAAUUGCGGAUGGGAUCACAUUGCCAUUCCCAUCCACUCGAAUAUUAUCCUAUUUAACAACUCUGUUAAGUGCUAACAGCUCACUGUUCCUCACACCUAAAAAAAAAACAUGUGCUAUCCUGUGCUGCCAAAUCCAAUUCCUCUCAGGCCGUGUGCGCAACUUGACUUCAACUUUUCUUAACAUCCCCCCGCCCGCCCUUCUAGAAAACCACCAUUCAAUUCAACCGUCAAUUCCGAUGCCAGAACGCUACUAUAAAGUAUAAACAAACAUUAACGUUCUUCUUCCACUAAAUCAAAUCAAAUCAAUGUGGGAUCCGACUGUUGAUUCGGCGUUUGAUCGGUUGCCGGACGACGUCGUGUUGCACAUCUUCGAAACAUUGCGCGAUGCCAAAUCCCUGUCGGUGUGCACCGCCGUUUGCAAGCGUUUCCAUUCUCUUGCCCCUCAAACGCAUUCCCUUCUCUUGUCCAUUCCCGCUUCUUCUGCUUCCCAUUCCCAUAGGGCCAGGGCCAGGCACACUAAUCCGCUUCUUGUGUUUGCUACUAAAUUCCUGAUUCGCCCGUUUCGUUCUCUUAUGCGCUUUAUCGAAUCCAAGUCCCCUUUCUCUUCCGCCACCGGAUGUACCUGUCGGGAAGCCUCCUUCACCGCUUACAAUUACUAUUCGCCGGCUUAUAUUCUGCGGAAUUUCAGUGACAUUCGGAGACUGGAGCUCAGGCUUCCGAUACAAGAAUCCUGCGUCAGAGACGGAUCCGCGCUAAAAUGGACGGCCCAGUUCGGGAGUGAAUUGCAGAGCUGCGUCAUCGUAGGAGGAACGUCGAUUUCUCCUAUUCCAAGUAAUUGCAGUCGUGUCACCGAAGAAGAAGAGGAAGAAGAAGAAGAAGAAGAAGAAGAGGAGGAGGAAGAGGAAGAGGGUUCUGGUGAGAACGAAGAGCUGAAACUGAGGAUUUUCUGGACGAUCUCGUGCCUGAUCGCUGCCACUUCCCGGCACAGCUUGUUACUGGAGGCGGUGAACGAUCACGGGACGGUUGGGAGUGUGACGGUGACGGACGAGUUGGGGCAGGGAAGACUAACCAUGAACGCCAAGCAAAUCGAACAAGUGAGGAGGAGGUAUAAGAAGACAAAGGAUCGGACGAGAGUGCCGGCGCUGAAGAUAAAGAUGUGGAUUGCGGAGGAGCAGGAGCUGCCAGAGGCAGGAUGCGUGAUGAAGGGGGCUACGCUGGUGGUGAUACGGCCGGCGGAGCAGGAAGAGGAGAGUGCCGGAGUUUCCGAACAGGCGGAACAAGAACUAGAACUAGAACUAGGACAGAGAGAGGGAACAAGGCUAUUUCAGGAAGCUGCAAACAAAUUGGUUAAGUUGAAAAAGAGUUACACGCUUGAGAUGAACUCGUUUUAGCUGUUUUCUGUUUUAAAUUCUGCCUGCUCCAUAGAAUAAACAUUUGUUUUUGUUAUGUUCAUUUAUGUAAAUAGAGUAACAAAAAUUAUUAUUAUUAUUUUUAAUAUAAUUAUUAGUGUUGCAAAA